AAGAGAAGAGGGAGCGUUACUUGUUGGAUCGAGAGAGAAGGCAACACUUGUCCGGGAAAUGACGAAGCGGAAUCUCCGACCGAAGGAGUCCACACUCGGGGAAGACGCCGAGCUACUCUUCCAGAAGAGGAUUCGAGAUCUGGAGUCCGUCAACGAAUCUCUCAAGGGUGAGGUGGAAGAGCUGAGAUCCAAGCUCGCUGAUGUUUCAGUUACUUCUUCUGGACAGUCAAGUAGAGCCUUCUCUAUUGCUGUAAAAGAAGAGGGUAUGAGCUCGAGGAGUAAGUCGAAUCAACGUUCUAUGAGCUCGAAAAAGAAGCUCAGAAUUGAGAGUUGCGUAAAGCAGGUGGAUGGUGAAGUCCAGAGACUCAAGGCGCAAAAGGUUAAGUUGCAGUGCAAGAUCAAGCUAGACUCUAUGCAGUUCAGACUUUCAAAAGCUUCACUCGAAAAGGAAACUCUUCAGCUCAAGAAGGAGCUAAGGAAAUGCGAGUUCGAGAAACAUUUACUAUCAGCUUUAAACAGGCGCCAGAAGAUGAUUUCGCAGCUGAAGAAUACACAAGCUUUGACAGCCCUGAAGCGUUUAAAAUUGCUGCUGCAAUCCAAAAAGGCCUUUUCCAAGAAAAAUAAAGGUGCCCCAAAAGGAACGAGCUCUACGAAUCAGGAAUCUAGCAAUGAAGUUGGGCUGCUAGUGAAGUUGAACAAGAUUCACUCUGGUUACGAACGGCAAAUGAAAGAAAUGGCUGAAGAGGUAAAAAAGUUCAGCCUAGAGGCAAGUGUGUUGAAGGCAGAGUUCGAGGGAGAGCAAAACUCAUUCUCUCCGUCAUGUGACAACGGAAUCAACCAGACCCCUAUAGACUCGGAAUUAAAGGAGCUUAAAGAGGAAUUUAGCAAACUAAGUACUCUAGUCAGCCAGAUGGAAAUGGCCAAAUCUCAGCUCAGCCAAACAGAUAGAGUUCAGACCGAACCAGCUGAAUACUCUAUUCCCAGUAAGGAUAACGAUGAAUCAAACUUAACACUCUCUCAGGAGAGAACUUCCGAGGGAACAGUCUAUGAAGAAUCAAGCAUAGAGCCAUCUCAAGUGAAAGAGUCUGGGAAAACGCUCUUCGAUAAGAAAACUUCAGAGGAAGCGCACUGCCAAAAAGAGCAGAGCAAAGCUGAGAUCUGUUGCUCUUGCACCAAAAAAUCUCUGUGCAAGACGAAAAACUGCAAGUGCAGAGCAAAUGGAAGUGGGUGCGGUAUCUCUUGUGGCUGCAUAGCCUCCAAAUGUAGCAACAGAGAAGAAAACGUAAGAUCUGACAAAGCAAUGCAAGCAGUAGAUGGCAAGAAGCCCGUUGACAACAACAACAAAGAUGCAAACAAAAAACCAUUGCGUGAUAUAGGGAAUAUACAAGAAGCUGGAAAAGUUGGUAAGCUGAAAAAAGUGCAGAAGCCAGUAGCUAAGAAGUAAUGAGAAUGACAAAUAAAGAGAAAGCGUCAAGACUGCAGAGAUGUGAGAAUUGGACAAAGUUAAGAUUGUCAGAAGCUCGAUUGGUAUUGUUUUGUUUGACUCUGUUUUUUUUUUUUUUUCCGAAUGAUCACAUAAUAGUUCUACAUAUGGAUUAAUAGUUGGCAACAUAAAAAAAAAUCACCAAAAUAUAGUUUAAGACUUAUUUAUCCAUAUAUUUUAG